AAUAUUUUCACUGCCCGUUUCCUGAUUUGAGCAAUAGGCGGAGUCGUGAACAGGACAGGUGAGUAAUAAAAAAGCGUUCAUCCGAGAGCAGUCUUCAUUCAGGUCUGCUGCAGCUCCACAGUGUUCAGAUGGGCAACUGGAUAAUCAAUCACGGCCUCAGCGCCUUCAUCGUGGUGGUGUGGAUGGCCAUAAACAUCGCUCUGUUUGUCCACUUCUACUUGUUUUAUGACCAAGGAGAGCGGUUUGAGUACACUCGAGAACUUUUAGGAUCUGCAUUGGCGUGGGCCAGAGCUCCAGCCGCCGUCCUCAACUUUAACUGCAUGCUGAUUCUCUUGCCCGUGUGCCGUAACCUGCUGUCUCUGCUCCGCGGCUCUUUUGUGUGCUGUGGACGAACAGUGAGGAAACAGCUGGACAAAAAUCUGACUUUCCACAAGCUGGUGGCCUACAUGAUUGCCCUAAUGACAGCGGUUCACACUAUUGCUCACUUGUUUAAUGCGGAGCGCUACAGCAACAGUUUAGAGGGUGAAGACGGAAAUCUCGCUUUUGAGCUGUCCCUGCUCGAAGACUCCAGUGAAUUAAACACCACUUACCUUAAUCCCUUUCCCUCCAAUUCUACGACUCCAAUGAUCUUCGUAUUCACCAGUAUUGCGGGUCUCACAGGAGUCGUCAUAACUCUCGCCCUCAUCCUCAUGAUAACUUCAUCAAUGGAAGUCAUUCGCAGAAGCUAUUUUGAGGUCUUCUGGUACACGCAUCACCUCUUCAUCGUCUUCUUUGCCGGUUUAGUUUUCCACGGCGCAGGGCGUGUUGUCCGAGGACAGGUCGAGACAGAUCCGCCUCACAAUAAUUCCUUCUGCGAAGAUCAGCCGGAUAACUGGGGGAAGAUUCCUGAAUGUCCAAUUCCUCAGUUUGCCGGAGGGUUUCCUCAGACCUGGAUGUACGUUAUUGGACCGAUGAUAAUUUACAUUUGUGAACGGCUGCUUCGUUUCAUUCGGUACAUGCAGCCUGUCACUUACAGGAAGAUUGUGAUCCGCCCAUCUAAAGUGCUGGAAUUGCAACUGGUGAAGCCUGGAUUCAGCAUGGAUGUGGGCCAGUAUGUGUUCCUCAACUGUCCAGCUAUUUCCCAGCUGGAGUGGCACCCGUUCACCUUGACUUCAGCCCCAGAAGAGGACUUCUUCAGUGUGCACAUCCGCUCCGUUGGAGACUGGACUGAAAAGCUCCUCAAGAUGGUCGAAAAGCUACCAGAAGGUGGACAAGGACCCAAGAUGGGUGUGGACGGCCCUUUUGGAACAGCAAGUGAGGAUGUUUUUCAUUAUGAGGUCAGCAUGCUGGUGGGAGCGGGGAUUGGAGUGACCCCAUUUGCCUCCAUUCUGAAAUCCAUCUGGUACAAGUUUAAGGACUCAGACCCCAAACUACGAACAAAGAGGAUUUACUUCUACUGGCUGUGUAGGGAAACGCACGCCUUUGAGUGGUUUGCAGAUCUGCUGCAAGUGCUUGAAAGAGAAAUGGAGGAACGAGGAAUGAGGCAUUUCCUCACGUAUAAACUCUACCUCACCGGAUGGGACCAGAGUCAUGCAGACCAUGCCAUGGUGCAUUUUGAUAAAGAUACUGAUAUCAUCACUGGCCUAAAGCAGAAGACUCAUUAUGGGCGGCCGAACUGGGAUAAAGAAUUUGAACAAGUUCGUCAAGAAAACCCAUCGUCUGUGGUGGGAACGUUCCUGUGUGGCCCACAAGCCUUAGCGAAGGACUUGGAGAAGAAAUGUGUGAAAUAUUCUGAUGUUGAUCCACGAAGAACCAAGUUUUACUUCAACAAAGAGAACUUUUGAGGAAACAUUAAGGAAAUCGAAUUCACUUGAAGAACUUUCACAAUACACAUUGUGCUGCAAGAUCAAGAUAUGGCAUUUUACAACAUUCCACACUAUUGUGACGAGAAAAAUAGAAGAGCGAAUUCCCCCUUCUGGAAAUUGAGCACGUCUCUAGAAGGCACUAAUCCCACGUCUGAGGCUAAGGUUCAUUUAUUGUAUUUCUCGUUCAUGGUCUGGCUCUCCAAGUUCCUGGUUAGAGUCAUCAGGAAUCCAGGAAAUCAGAUGAGUGUAAAGAAGUUUAAAGCUCUAAAAUUAGCAGAACAAGAAGUUACUGAAAAAGACACUGAUGUUUUGGAAAUUUCACCUUUUUCUUGAAAGCAAAACAGGAAAUGUCUUAAUUAUAUGAACAACUGUGGCUGCGUAGCCUUUAAACAAAAUGUAUCACAAAUGUAUGCUGUACAUAUGUUUUUGUUUGUUUCCUUCAUUUGUUUGUUUCAAUUGUUAGUUUUGUUUGUUCAUAUGUAUUUUUGUUUGUUCAUUUGGUUUACUUCAUCCGUUUGUUUGGUUUAAUUUUUUAUUUGUUUUGUUUGUGGUUUCAUUUGUCUGUUGAUUUUGUUUGGCUCAUUUAUUUGUUUCGUUUGAUUUGUUAGUUUCACUUUGUUUUGUUUAAUUUUUGUUUUACUUGUUUGUUGUUCUUCUAAUGUUUACAAAAUAAAAUAUGACAGCAGGAAUUAA